AUGCCUGUCCGCCCGCACCCAGACGCAUUUGUCUGCCUCCCCAUGACCACAUCUCACACCAAAAUCAUCAAAUCAAACACAUGCUCAUCCCCCGUCUCACAGCUCCCCCAGAUGACAAGCACAAGGUUACUCCGACCAGACAUCUCCAUCCAAACAUUUUCAUCAUCUACCCACACGCACAUCCCAUCCAUGUACGCAUUCGUUUCAACCCCCACCGCCUCCGUCUCCGGCCAAGCCCAUCGCCAGACUCCAUCCCAAACAAAUCACGAAAAUCAUCGUCCCAUGCCACUUACUUCCCGUCUCACAACUUAA